CCAUUCUUCCGCAGCAGACAACGCCGACGAAAGAGGCUGCCGCCGCCGACGAGAUCUGAGACCCCAAGAGAUUUGAUCCCGACCAUUCUGACUCCACCCGAAGGGAAGCGGAGAUGAAUCUGUUCCGGCUUGCCGGGGACAUGACCCACCUCGUCAGCGUGGUGGUGCUACUCCUCAAGAUCCACACCAUCAAGUCAUGCGCAGGCGUAUCUCUGAAGACGCAGGAGCUAUAUGCACUUGUGUUUGCAGCUCGUUACUUGGACUUGUUUGUUCAUUUUGUAUCUUUAUAUAACACUGUCAUGAAGCUGGUCUUCCUGGCAAGCUCUUUCACAAUAGUUUGGUACAUGAGAAGGCACAAGAUUGUGCGUAGAACUUAUGACAAGGAGCAUGACACCUUUCGUCAUCAUUUCAUAGUGCUUCCAUGUUUGGUUCUGGGUCUCCUCCUCAAUGAAAAGUUUACUUUUAGAGAGGUGAUGUGGGCAUUCUCCAUUUAUUUGGAAGCUGUAGCAAUUCUGCCACAACUUGUGCUGCUACAGCGCACGAGGAAUAUUGACAACUUGACUGCCCAAUAUGUCUUCUUUCUGGGUGCCUACCGCGUACUUUAUAUCUUUAACUGGAUUUACCGAUACUUCACUGAGCCCCAUUUUGUUCACUGGAUAAGCUGGAUUGCGGGUAUCGUUCAGACUCUGUUGUAUGGUGAUUUUUUCUACUAUUACAUACUAAGCUGGAAGAACAAUGUGAAGCUAGAGCUACCAGCCUGAGCUUGCUCCUCCCUUCCAAGAUACACUAGGGUGUUAGCUUAACUUAAUGGACAGACAGACAUGAAUCACACCAUACAGAUGGUUUCCUGGGUUUUCUUGUUUCCAGUAUUUUCGGAGAGAAAGCUAGGUCGCCUUGUAUCUUGUAAAACAUAACUGAGUGUAUGAUCAGCACUGGGAGGUUCUGUACUCUGAUAUUUUCUGGAACUCAAUGACAGUGUUGCUGUACUC